GAAUUUAAUUACAAAUGGAAUCCAAAGAAGGAUACAGAGAACUAGAGGAGACUAAAUCUCCUGGGCAAGAAGACAUUGAGUUUACAAUGCUAUUAGUAAUCCAGGCUUUCUUUGAUGAAAAGCUCAAGUCAUCUGAACUGAAAAAAUAUUUCGAUAGUUUAAACGAUCUGGUCACCGAGACUGACCAAUUGAUAGACAAGGAAGUAGAUUUGUUCUUCUCUUGAGAAGAGACCAAAAGAGAUCCAAAUGAAAUUCUAAAGGGAAAUUUUGUCAAUGAAGAUACCUUCACUCCAGAUGCUGUUAAAAGAAACCUAGGAGUUUUUAGAAGAGAAAUUGCGAUGAGAGAGAUGCAUGACAAACAUCAUGAAAUGUACAACAAAGUAUGCACAGUCUUAGAGAGAUACAUUAAGCUUCAGAUUGACCUACUUAAUAAAGAUAGAGAGGAAAUUUUAUAUUUCAUGGAUGAGAAUGAAGCAAAUGUAGAGGAGAUAAAUAUCAAACUUCUCAAAGAGCAUCACCCAAAAUUGGCAGGAAAUCUGAGGAAAGAAGUUGUAAAUAUACCAGAGUUCAUAAUUGAAUAUGCAAGAUCUGGGUUAGAGCUAGCCCUUCAUAAUAGAGAUAAAAUAUUCUUAGAUUUCACAGAAGUAAUUGAGGAGAAAGACGAUUAUGAGGAUAUCCAAGAUCAAUGGUAUGAAGCUAUUUACAAUAUCUCAGAGACUAUUUAUAAAGAAGAACUAGAGUUCUGGGAUCAGACCAUUUUAUCUGAAAAAGAAAAGCUCAUUGAUAAGAUCCUCUCAAUCUUCUUAUUUUGUCAGAGAUUAGUCAACAAUAGAGAAGUAAAAGAGCUUAAGAAUUUCUAUUCUGAGAUGAUUACCUGGAUAUCUAAGCACACACAGUGGAGAGAAAUGGAGCAAAAUAAUUAUGAGAAGAUCCUUGAGAAUAAUAUAAACACUAUUGAAAGUUUUCAUUCUGAAGAGGAUAAUCCUAUUUUUAUGAAGGCAAAAGAGUUUGAUCUCGGUGAUGAUCAAGAUUCCUACCAAUUAAAGUAUAUUAUCACUCAUAUAGCAAUGUAUUGCACCCAGAAUGUUAAUGCCAAAGGGCAGUUUUGCAAGGGUUACUAUAAUGCAUCUCAUGUAUUAUUUUUCAGAAACUUUAUCAAAGCGUUCUUUCCUGGAGUGAUGAGUAGAAAAAUUAUAAGAACUAUUGAAAAGGCAAUGGGGAAUUUUAAUCAUCAAAUUUUACAGUUUGAAUAUCAAGACCCACUCACAGCAAUUCCAAACAUUAUUCAUAGAGAUCAUGAUGUUAAGAAUAGGCUUAUUGCCAAGAGUUUUGUUAAUCUAGUUGAGGAAAACGAUGAUGAUCUUGAUGAGUAUCUUCUCCAAGCUCCUCCUAGAGAUACUUUCGGAUUAAAAUCAGAGGAAGAAAAACAAGAUAUAAUCAAUAAAAACUUUAGAGAUAAGACUAAGGCACUGAUAGCAUUUAACAAAGUUUUAGGCCAAUGUAAAGAUAGUGAAACCUUAAACCCUAAAUUUGAGCUUUUAUCAUCCGAAUCUCCAUGAAAUAAGCAUGUUCUUAUCUCUAUUGGAGGCUUAAGAGGAGAAACCAACGACUUGACAAAACAAUGGCAGAAGUAUCUAAAAUCUAACAAAUCCUUAACUGUGUAUGCAUACAGAUGGAAAACAAAAGGAAUGAUACCUAGCAUGUCAGACUAUGUACCAAGCUUGUUCUCUCUGUUGGAUAUCACAUCUCUUUUGAGCAAAAUCGAGCUAGCUUACAAAGUAGUCAAAGUGCCAGUAGACUUUAAGAAUAGAUUCCUUGCUUGUGCUGAAAUGGCUAAAUUUUAUGGAAAAUUAUUGGCAAAUUGUUUAAUCCUCCAAUUUCCUUUUGUUAACCAAUCAGUUUCAUUGUUUGGGUUCUCUCUUGGAGCCCAAGUUUUAUAUAGUUGUCUUGAAGAGCUAUGUGCGAGGAAAGCUCAUAAUAUUGUGUAUAAUGUUUACUUUAUCGAAGGUGCAGCUGGAUGAGGAGAUAAUGAACAACUAUCAAAAGUGCUCUCUGUUGUCAGAGGAACUAUCUAUAACUAUUAUUACUACGGAGACAAAAGCUUGCAUGCUUUUAGAGGUACUACUGGUGUUAUGCCAUUUGGUCUUGCUCCUAUAUUAGAUCCGAAUGGCAUCAAAAAUGAAGAAACAAAAGUGAAAGUUGCAAGCCUCGCAAAAGGACUCAGAAUUGUAAAUAUCAAAAAGACUAAUAAAGAACUUGACAAUCCUCAAUUGAAGGAUGACUUUGAGCAUAAUUUCGCUAGAGUCUUGAGCAAGCAGAAAGUAUAGAAAAGCUAACGGCUAAAAUUUGGAAAGUUUGUGAUAAAUAUCUUCAAUCA